AGGGGUUUCUCAUGGCAGGAACCAAUCGAUACCUCCCGUUGCCACGAUCUGGAGACAUGCCAAGUCGCAGCAUGCAGGCUGAGUAGUACCAGCCCUGUGGCUCGGGCAAGCCGUUCAAACGCUGACUGGUUCCUUCGGGUACGAACUGGGCUUGGACAUCAAUGCUGACUGGGAUGGAAUGGGCAGAAAUUUCGCAUGAGUUUGCGCCGGAUAACUCCUACUUAACCAACCGUCAAGGACAUCCAUCGCCCAAAAUAUCGACGCGAAAGAAAAGAGUUCAUAUUCCCGACCGUCAUUUCGCAUUAACAAGGCCGCGGAGAAGAGCUGCCGCCGUCAAUUGAACACGACUUGGAGCAACGCAUCUUCCGAUCGAUCACCAAAUCAUCACCAUGUCGCCGCCGUAUGUCGUCGGCGACUCGUCGCCUUUUCUCAAGCGCGUUCUCAUUCCCUUUUGGGUUAUCCGCAUCAUCAUCAUGGUCAUCCAGAUCGGUGUAUACGGAGUCCUCAUCGCAGGACUUGGCGUCUUCAAAGACGACGUUCAACGGCUCUGGAAUGAAUACAAUACCUCACUCAGCUACGACGCCGUCCUGGGUAUCGCGGUCGUCAUAUUGCUCAUUGUCUUACUCUGCCUCAUCCUCGACUUGGUCUGCAUUAUCAAACGUGCCAGGCGGACGCUCAGCCCUCCGUUCUUCCUCGGAGUCAACAUCGCACAGUCUGUCUUCUACCUCGUUAACUUCAUUCUGAGCAUGGUCGGCGCGAGCAGUGGUCCCCUCGCCAUUGCCAUUAGUGUUAUCAUCUUAUUAUCAUUCCUUGGCCUUCUCAUCUACGCAGGCGUGGUUUUCCACCAAUAUCGCAAGGGCACUCUCUCGUACGCGCCCGCCCACAACCCCGAGGCCCACAAACUUGUCGUCCAAAAUCACACCGCCUAUCAGCCUCAGACGACGUAUCCCCAGCCGUAUGCUCAGGACUACCCCCAGACCGGCUAUUACGACCCUCAGGCCGCUGCGCAGCCUAGUCCUGCCCACGCCGGUCAGGGCUACGCCGGCCAGAACAUCGCCAGCCCGGGCUAUGCCGCUCAAAGCUACCCUGCUCAGCCCCAACAACGGCACCAGCAGAGUUAUGAGACGAACCCGCACUUCCCGAACAGUUCUUCAGCUGUCUGAUUCCGGCGUUAUGGUUAGACGACAAGUUUUUUUUUUUUUUUUUUUGGGUUUUU